AUUUCCUACACUGAGACUUUAAAAUAAAAAUAGAUUGUGCGAACAAAACACGGGAAGCAGUACCACGAUCUGCAAGUUCAUUGAUAACAUGUCUGUUAAUUAUGCUGCUGGGUUAUCUUCUUAUGACAAUAAAGGAAAAUGUGGACUUCCCGAGAAAUUUGACAGUUCAGAGACAGUAGCAGAUAAAGUGAGGAUGUUAGCGGAUAUUAUAAAAGCUAGUAACCAUCUUGUUGUUCACACUGGAGCUGGUAUCAGCACAUCUGCAGGGAUACCAGAUUUCAGGGGACCAACAGGUGUUUGGACUUUGGAAGAAAAAGGUAAGUCGCCGCACAUGGAUGUUACCUUUGAUGGCGCUAUACCGACCAAGACACACAGGGCACUGCUAGCAUUGGAAGAAGCUGGUAUCCUAAAAUAUCUUGUUAGUCAAAAUGUAGAUGGACUUCAUCUCAGAUCAGGAUUCCCAAGGGAUCGGUUCUCUGAAGUACAUGGUAAUAUGUUUGUUGAGGAAUGUGACAAGUGUGGAAGACAGUAUGUUUGUGAUUCAGCCGUUCCAACUGUUGGUUUAAAAUUAACUGGUAAUAUCUGUACAUGGAAUAAAGCAAAGGGACGGUGCAGAGGACGUUUACGGGAUACAAUUCUGGACUGGGAAGAUGCGUUACCGGAGAGAGAUCUAUUCUUAGCCGAUGAACAUUCCAGGGCUGCUGAUGUAUCAUUGUGUCUUGGUACAUCGCUGCAAAUUAUGCCAAGUGCUAAUCUACCUCUUCGUGCCAAGAAAAACGGUGGUAAACUAGUUAUAUGUAAUCUACAACCAACCAAACAUGAUAAAAAAGCUGAUCUUCUGAUCCAUGGUUAUGUAGAUGAUGUGAUGUCACAGCUAAUGACGCAACUUGGGAUUCCUAUACCUGCGUACAAAGGACCGACUGUUGUACUCAAGUCAAAACACCCCACGCUGAUAACAAUACCAGGGUUAAAGGAUAAACAGAUUAUAAUAAAAUCAGCUCAAAACUGCGGUACGAAUAAUACUAAACUUAUGUCUUCUCUUGAAACAAAUUCCAAAAAUGCACAUGUCAAGUUGAAAGAGAUCACUGACAAGGAGGAACUGUGUCAUACUCAUGAACUUGUUGAUGUCAAAGUCAAAAGCGAUAAACUGAAAUCUUUUUCACAAACAACAGAACUGCAAUCUAAGGAUAUUUCUGAUUCAACUCAGGGCAAUCAGCGUAACAGUAUUGUUGACAUUGCUGUGAAAGCAGAAAAUAUUUCUGAUGUAGCUAUAGGAGAUUGUAUUUAUUUAAAUAAGCGGACAACUGAUGGAAUUGUUGGUAAUGAACAUCAUGAAAAGAAAUUAAAAAUAAACAAAAUUCAUUAGGGUGUUUUGUAAGGUAUAUUUGCUGGAAUUUAUUUUAGCUUUGAAUCAUUCCUUCAGCGAAAACAGCGAAAAUUAAUUCCAAGUGAAGUAUUUUACAUACUGAAUUAGUUUGUCUGGUGUUAGUGACUUUCCUGUAGAAGGGAUAGUUUUCAAGCACAGGUAUUGGUCUUUGUUAAUUUUGUUGCAUAGACCAUUGUCUUUCAUGAAAUUGGUUCUCGACAUCUACAGCAUCCUAUUUGGGUAGAGGAAAACAAAUUUUUAUAAUGCUGGUAUAUAUCCCAGUUUUUUUAUUAGUGUUUUUGUCAGAAUUUUAGAAAAAAAAUAAUAGAAAAAUUCAACUUCCGUAAAAAAUCAAAAAUAAGAGCACAAUUUUAAAAUAAUGAAAGAGAUAGAAGAAGAAAAAUGUUCAUGAAAAUUGAGCAGAAACUUUUUUUUGUCUCGGCCUUAUCUCGCCACAUCUUGUUCUCAGAGAGUUCUACAACUAGUUUGUUAGUUAUCCUCAUCAAUCAAUGUACUAUCUGUAUGAAUAUGCAAUUUCUAUCAGAGUUUUUACGCAAAGUUCAGCAUUUAUAUCGUUAUUGUAAGUUGAAUACAGCAAUAG